AAAAGUUAAAGCAGUUUAAGAACCUCUGUCUUACGAGAACAUGCCCACACAUAAAUGAGGCCAAGGGCUGUUAUCCCGUGGCAUCUGAUCUGUUGGAACGUUAAUUUUCAGUUGAAUAUUGAUCGAGUUAGCGCAGGUAAGCUCAUCUUGAACGAUUGAGUGCUGUCACAAACAUGUUUAACCCCUCUUCGCUAACCAUUUCCACUUUCCUACACAGUCGAGAGAGCUUAUCAUAACAAGUGUGGCGCUACACACAAUAAUAAAAUAAUACCCACUAUAGCAAUGGUCGUCUAGGCUAUUUAAAAUUAUUUGUAAACUACAUAGCUUUUCAACCAAAGCUUUCUUUUUAAAAAGAAAUACUUCAAAGAAUUUUACUCUUAGAGUAAUUGAUUUUUUAAUCAUUUUUAUUUUAAAAUCUAUGCAAAGAUCUUACAUUUUUUAAAGGUAUACAUUAAUUAAUUUCCCAUAAUUUUAAUGCUACCGGUACUAAACAUUGCCUUUGUAUUUACAGAUAUAAUUAUGUCCACUUCUGAUGAGAAUGUAGGCGACCAUAGAAGGGAAGGAAACAGUCGUUCAGAUGUCAUUCAUGAUAAUUCCCAACACACUGUGUUUGCUGGCAACACCGUUAGGGAAUAUGGCGUUGAAGUAAUCACGACCGGCCAUAAUGGUCUGGUGACGUCUCUUCCGGCGGAGAUGCCUCGUAAUGACGUCACUGGUCAUCACACUCACUUCGCCGUUGCUGCUUCCAACGGUGAUGGCUACCAGACCAUCACUUCUCCCUUCACAUCGAGGUCCAAGUCUCGACAUCGCAAAUACAAUGAGAACUUUGAUUCUGCCAAACAAUUUGUGAAGUCCCAGACGUUUAUCUUGUCGACGCAUAGCACGAUAGAGUCAGAGGCGUAUACAAUGCAAAUGAAAUGUGGGUGAGUUGUGCUUAGAGUUAGGAUGUUCUCAUGUUGAUGUAUUGGUGCUCUCAUGGUGGUCUCUUAUGCUCUCAUGUAGUUCCUUGUAUGCUCUCAUGUAGUUCGUUGUAUGCUGUUAUGUAGUUCCUUGUAUGCGCUGAUGUAGUUCCAUGUAUGCUCUCAUGUAGUUCUUUGUAUGCUCUCAUGUAGUUCAUUGUAUGCUCUCAUGUAGUUCCUUGUAUGCUCUCAUGUAGUUCCUUGUAUGCUCUCAUGUAGUUCUUUGUAUGCUGUCGUGCAGUUCUUUGGGUAUUUUUAACGUGCUCUCAUGGAGCUGUCAUGGUGUUCUUUAACUCAAUCACCUCAAAUCAUAUGAUUCAAUAUUAAACUUUUUUUAAAUGUCAUGAGAUUAUGCAUUAUAUUAAUUACGCCUGUAUCAUCGCAUGCAUAAUAUUCCAACGUUUUUGUUUUGGCCUGGGAAAUCAAUGGAUUCGCUGCUUAUCGCGUAGUUAAGUGUCAAAGUGGCAAUGUAAAACUGCUGUGGCCACUAUGUUUUAUUGUUGUGAGAGGUUAUAACGCCAGCCAAUAUGUUACCACAGCUCACUGCGGCUAUGUUCGGGGACUGGUGUAGCGGUGAUGACGACCACAUUAGGUAGGCACAUAAUUACAGCAGUUUUUGUCACUUCUGUUCUGUGAAACACGCCGAUCACGCUAGCCUUUAAGUGCGGCAAAUUAGCCGCACAUGGUCAGGCAGUGUUGACAACUCAUUUUAUUUUCAGUUUUACAUAAAAAGAGGGAUUUUAAAGACAUUUUGACUUUUCCAAAACACAACUCUAAAAUUGUUUCUAAACGUGUUUCCGAUUGGUAUUAUUUCUUACGCGUUUCCACUUUAGAUUAAAGAAUCGACCUAACCGAGGUUUUAAAUUAUUUACAUCAAGGUAAAUGAGACUUCGACGGCAAUCCACUUCAAAAAAAAACUUCUUACGACAAAAAGGGAAAAGGCAUAAUAACCUUAAACAUGAUUAUUUUCCCCUCCCACACUUUUUAUGUCAUGGACAUGGUGCAGAGAGUAAACUGUACCGUUCCACAAUGCAUACAAGGAUAUGGAGAAGUGUUUCAAAAAGGAAUAAACGAACAUUGGGUGGCUUGACAAUUAGUGUUGAAACUAUUUAACGAUCAAUAAUUCAUGGUGCACAGAAGUGGGUAUUGAACACAACAAAAUACUGGCUCUUGUAAGCUGAAAUUCUAAAUUCGUAUCAUUUGUUAAUGUUUAUAGAUCUAAUUAUUUAAAUAAAUGUCUGUAAAGAUGUAUCUGUAACGAAAAUAAAUGUUGGUCCACAAAUUAGCAUUUUCUCUGUCAUAAAGACAUGCACUCUUUCACAAAUGCAUUCUUUUACAUACCAUUUCAUUUCAUAAUAAAUAGAGAAUGUCACAGUUUACUCUCUGCACCAAAUAUAAGCUACAUCUCUGCACUAAACAAAUGCUACAUCUCUGCACUACACACAUGCUACAUCUCUGCACUAAAUAUAUGUUACAUCUCUCCACUAAAUAUAUGCUACAUCUCUGCACUAAAUAUGUGCUACAUCUCUGUACUAAAUAUAUGCUACAUCUCUGCACAAAAUAUAUGUCACAACUCUGCCCUAAAUAUAUGCAACAUCUCUGCACUAAAUAUAUGUCACAUCUCUGCACUAAACACGUGUUACAUCUCUGCACUAAACACAUGCUACAUCUCUGCACUAAAUAUGCUACAAAGAACAACUACAACUUGAUAAUUAACAUUUUUAGUCACCAAAUACAAUGAUUAAACAGUGGGUCCCAGCAAGUACAAUCAUGUAACAUCGGGUUUAACGUAUGAACUGUUUGAGAAAAUGCUGAACAAGCUUCUAGCAUUGCUACACUGAUUUAAUGUCAAGCUUCUAGCAUUGCUACACUGAUUUGAUGUCAAGCUACUAGCAUUGCUACACUGAUUUGAUGUCAAGCUUCUAGCUUUGCUACACUGAUUUGAUGUCAAGCUUCUAGCAUUGCUAUACAGAUUUGAUGUCAAGCUUCUAGCAUUGCUAUACAGAUUUGAUGUCAAGCUUCUAGCAUUGCUACACUGAUUUGAUAUCAAGCUUCUAGCAUUGCAAAACUGAUUUGAUGUCAAGCUUGUAGCAUUGCUACGCUGAUUUGAUGUCAAGCUUCUAGCAUUGCUACACUGAUUUGAUGUCAAGCUUCUAGCAUUGCUACACUGAUUUGAUGUCAAGCUUCUAGCAUUGCUACACUGAUUUGAUGUCAAGCUUCUAGCAUUGCUACACUGAUUUGAUAUCAAUCUUCUAGCAUUGCUACACUGAUUUGAUAUCAAGCCUCUAGCAUUGCUACACUGAUUUGAUGUCAAGCUUCUAGCAUUGCUACACUGAUUUGAUAUCAAGCUUCUAGCAUUGCUACACUGAUUUGAUGUCAAGCUUCUAGCAUUGCUAUACAGAUUUGAUGUCAAGCUUCUAGCAUUGCUACACUGAUUUGAUGUCAAGCUUCUAGCAUUGCUACACUGAUUUGAUGUCAAGCUUCUAGCAUUAUUACACAGAUUUGAUGUCAAGCUUCUAACAUUGCUACACUGAUUUAAUAUCAAGCUUCUAGCAUUGCUACACUGAUUUGAUGUCAAGCUUCUAGCAUUGCUACACUGAUUUGAUAUCAAGCUUCUAGCAUUGCUACACUGAUUUGAUGUGAAGCUUCUAGCAUUGCUACACAGAUUUGAUGUCAAGCUUGUUAAGACAUUUUAAUUACUUGACUUGAUUGGUUUAUUGUUUGAGGUGAUAUGGAGGUUUGGGUUGGAAAUUAUGGGGGUUGGAGGUUUUGGUUUGCAGUGAUGGGGGUUUGUAGUUGACGGUUUUGGUUGACAGUUACUGGUUUGGUAGUUGGGGGUUUUGGUUAGCAGUGAUGGGGUUGGUAGUUGAGGGUUUUGGUUGGCAAUGAUGGGGUUGGUAGUUUAGGGUUUUGGUUGUCAGUGAUGGGGUUGGUAGCUGCGGGUUUUGGUUGGCAGUGAUGAGGUUGGUAGUUGAGGGUUUUGGUUGUCAGUGAUUGGGUUGGUAGUUGGGGGUUUUGGGGUUGGGAGUUAGGGGGCUGAACGUGAUAUAAUUUUGGCAUGUCCUUGAACUUAUUAAAACCGAAAAUUAAAAUAAAGAGUGGUCACAUAGAAACUAAAUAUCCCAUACACAGGGGCUGCUAUUUUAUGUGUCAUUCAAAGCAAUGUUCCCUUUAAGAUGCGCGGCUGCGCGGCCGCGCAGCUUUCUCACAGACGCAGGAACUGUGAGUAUCAACGCAGCAAAUUUCUAUAAAAACAAAUUGGAACAGAUACGAUUCACUCUGUAGCCGUAAUUAUACAGUUUUCUUUAAUAAAAUAUACAUCCAUGUUUUUAAAUUUGAUUCAGAUCUAUAUGUUUGUCUUCUACUUUUUACGUAGAACUAUUGGUUUACAUACUUACCGAUACAAACCGGAUAAGGAUAGCCUCGUUCUGAACCACCGCCGCCUUUUAUGUAAAUUUCGUGGCGCGUACUGCGCAGUGAAUAAAGUAAAUAAAAAUCACAUAAUCUAUAGUUUAUUAUAAAUGUAGUAGCUAAUUAUUUUUAAUAAUGUUUUAACCGUUAUUUUUAAAAGGCGAACUGUCAGCGUCACCGCUUGCUAAGAAAAAAUGUCGAUCAAAUUUUGAAACGGAAUGGCUCAGUGAAUUUAUGUAUGCAGCACUACCAGAUUUGUCGUCAGAACGCACUGUCAAGCUGUGUGAUAUUUUUAAAUAUUGUGAAAUCGCUGAUGAUAUUGUUUGUGAAAUGUGCUUCAAAGGUAAUUCAGGUGGUUAUUUCUCCAAAGGGAAAAGGUGUGGCGCUUGGAGGCUGGAUUAUCUAAAACGACCUGUCAAGCAAAAUGUACACACAGAGGCUGUUCAAAGACUUCGUUCUAUAGAGUCAAGGGGCUAAGUAUGCCCCGUACCCUGAUAGAAGGCGCUGUAAGAAUUAUGCUUUUGAGUUUGUUGAUUCUAUCGAUUCUGUAGUGAAGGAUGCUAUAAUCGGCGAACUUCGCAAUGCAAAGUUCCAUGAAUUAACAGUAGAUGAGAGCACUGAUAUAUCGCUGACAAAAAAGUUGAUUUUAUACUCGAAAUUUCGACCAUAUCCCGGUAACGUUUCUAAUACAGUGUUUGUUGGAAUUUUGUCUCUGUCGGCAUGUGACAGUAAAUCUGUGGAAUCAGCAAUAACAGAGUUUUAUCAAGAGAACUCAUUGGACAUGCAGAAAAUGAUUAUGUAUACAAAUGAUGGUGCAUCGGUUAUGCUAGGCAAGAACAAUGUUAUAGUUGCAGCAAUUCUUCGCCGACGUAUUCCACAUCUACUGGAACAACAUUGUGCUGCUCAUCGUGAAUAUUUAUGCAUCGGUGAUGGUUGCAAACAUAUACGUUUAAUGGCAGACAUUGAAACAUUCCUUAGGACAGUGUACACAUUGUUCAGUAGGUCGACAGUAGGGAAAGCCCUGUUUACAACACUGGCUAAGGUGUUUGAAUGUGAUUCUGUAGCCUUCAGACCAUUGAAUGAAAUCAGAUUAGCGGCACUUUGCUUUAAGACCAUUGCUGAGAAACAUACGAGUGUUAACUGAAUACUGUGAGGAGCAUGUGGCCCUGUAUAUUGAUCCAAAUCAUAAAAACUGUUUCAAGAAACUAAGGGAUCCACAGUUUCGAACUGCACUGCACUGAUUGUCUUUGAUGAAGUUGUUGGUGAUCUUGCUGAGCUAUAAAAGCUGCCACAAAGAAAACAUCUUUAGCCAUCGAGGCAUACCAGUUUCUAAAUACAAGGAUCGCUAAGCUCCGUGCCCAGUACCUUGGAGAAAAUGUGUACUGCUCCGAAGAGGUUGCUGAAUUGCUUGCAUAUGACGAGAAUAGAAACAUAAAUUCCAUCGUAAAAUUCGUUGAAAGUUUAUAUUUGCAGAUGGACUCUCGUUUCUCUGAAGUGAGUUGAUGCAAUGGCGAAUCUUUGAGAUAUCAGCAUUAAUUGACACUUCAGAUUUUAAGAAGAACUUGCAGCACUGGUUUCUAGAUAUGCGGCAUUCCUGGAAAUCCAUGAUGACACUCCUGCCGAAAGUUAAGGAUCAGUAUCGUAACUUAAGGUUUGUGCUUGCAGAAAAAAUAAAAUGUAGGUUGAUGGAGAGUUUCGACGAGAUGGUUCGAUUUGUGAUAAAUGAGGAGCAGUUCGGCGACAUUGCCAUUCUGUUGGACAUUUGUGCUACAUUUCUUGCGCCGAUUGUGAACGUGGAUUCAGCCUAAUGAAUAAUAUAAAAUAAAAUCUAGAAAUAAACUGGAAGAGUUACAUCUAUUUAUGCUUAUGAGGAAUAAAUCGUAUCAGAAUCAUGGACAUCAGAUCAACCUUGACGAUAUGUAUAAAAGAUGGACAUCGUUGACAGACAGACGCUAGAGUACGUCUAGAAAUGAUUCCAUCAAAUGACUAGCGGCCAUUGGUUGUAGGUGUGUUGGAAUUUAGAUGCUUGACCCAACGAACGGAUAUAAAAUAAUAUAGAAAUAAAUAAAGCUUUGAUUAAACUAUUGUGACAUUUCUGAUUAUAAUUAUUUAAUUAUAGUUCCUUUCUUUAUGUAUAUGAAAGUUUUUGCACUUAAAUUCAUUUAUGUAAUUUCCGUGUGUGUGUGCGUUUGUAGGCUGUAAAGUUUUGCACACAAAAAAAAUGAUGCUGUAAAACUUUGCACACAACUGUAUGAUUUUGCACACGAACCAACAAACCUCAGAGGGAACAUUGAUUCAAAGGUGCUACUAUAUAUGUCAUACAAAGGGCAACUAUAGGUGUCAUACAAAGGGGCAGCUAUAUGAGUCAUACAAAGGGACAGCUACAUGUGUCACACUAAGAAUAACUACAUGUGUCAUACAAAAGGGAAAGUAUUUGUCUCAUAUAAAGGGGCAAUUAUAUGUGUCACGCAAAGAGCGUAGUUUAUGUUUCAUACAAAGAGGCAUCUACAUAUCAACAUGGUGUAGCUAAAAUUAUCAUUAAAAUAUAUCUUAGAAUUUAAAAAACAACAACAUUUCAUUGAAUUUUUCUCUGUACAGCAACUUACAGACUUUGAUGAAUCUCAUCAAGGGCACAGCCGGAACUGGAAUUCUCUCUCUUUCACUGGCCUUCAAAAAUAGUGGAUUGUGGGUAAAUAGAAUGCUAGAAGAUUAAAAUUAAUUCGACAUUUCUAGCCGAUGCAACUCUUAAAGUCUUAAAAUAAUGACCGCAAGGCUUUGAAAAUAAAUUAUUUUCUUUUUGGUUUUUGAUAUAGUUGUAAAUGAUAUAACAGGAUAUUAACUACGGAUUCAAGGAUGAUUGAAUUAUUUUGGUAUUUUGUGUUUAAGGACGUUUAAUUUUGUGUGUGCAUGUGUGUGUAACUGAAUGGCCAUGGCCCUAAUUGUUCGUUGAUCCAUUAUAUUUUUUGAAAGUAAUUACAGGCUUGCUUUUUAAAAAUACAUUUAAAUAAUUACACUGCAGAAAUCGGUAACAUUUCAUUCCAGAAUAAUUUAUUCCUAUUUCUUCAAAUAUACAUUGAUUUUAAAGAACGUCUUUUCAUUAUUAAAAAAAAACCAUGCACACCAGGUUGGCCUCGCAUUGUUUUUACUGAUCGCUCUCGUGGCCAUCCACGGCAUGCACAUCUUGAACCGAUGUUCGGAAAUUUUAGAGAAAAGGUGAGUAGUUCAUGCAAAUCUAAGCACAUUUUUUAUGGUCCAUCAAUGCUCUGACUGUCUUGUUUACAGAUAGAUUACUCAUAGCCUCUAAUCAGAAUAAAAUAAUGAAUUGAGAAAUUAAUACAUUAAAAUUGAAACGUGCAAGCUUCACCAUAGCAGUGUUGAGAAAUAAAUAGUGAAAUGUCGCAAUGUGAUAUUUAAAUUUUAAAAAUUAUGUUGAACUAUUCUUCUUUAUUAAAAAAUUAGCUGUUUUCAAAAUACAAUAAAAGUUAUUUUUCAACAAUGCUCCAUGUAACACAUUAUAUAGCACAAGUAUUUAGCUGGUUAAGUCAAUGAAGACAUUUUAUUUGGAGGCAAGUCAAACGUUAUUUAUUUUUUGGAAGCUAGCUAAGUGUCAACUAUGUUAUAGAAUCUAGCUAAGUGUCAUCUAUGCUAAGGAAGCUAGCCAAUCUUUAUCUGUGCUAUAGAGGCUAGCUAAGCGCCAUAUAAGCUGCGGAAGCUGAUAUUUCCUAUAGAAGUUAGCCAAACAACAUGUGUUAUAUGGAAGUCAGUUAGGCAAAAUGUAUGUAGAAGUCUCAUGUACACACUAUGAUUGCACACAUAACAGUUAACUAGAAACGAAACUCAUUACAACUCCAAGUGAUUAAAAAAAAACUCUAUGCAUUGAACAUCUACAGGUCAAAUAUUCCCAUUGUUUCCUAUGCUGACGUAGUUGACCAAUGUUUUGCUUAUGGCCCUAAGGGCGUCCAAAAAUAUUCCACUGUCUCAAGGUAAGGCAACAAGAGCACUUCCAGGCAUGUUUCAGUUUGUUGUCCUAAUUAAGUCCAGUUCCAUCAACUUGAAACGGUUUAGCAUGAAGUGAAACAGGUAGGAGCUUAACAAAUGAUGUAUCCAGCAGCCUGGUUGUAAAACAAUCCUUGCCCCCACCCCACCUUACAUAUCCGCCCCUGCCUCUGUCUGCAACGCAUGCUUUAAGCUCAGCUACCCUGACAACUUGCGAGCCUAAAUGAAACUAAUACACCAUCCCUGUGGCGCUACAGCCCAUGUAGGGCUUUGAGAUGUGCCGAAACGUUUACUUGAGUAUUAUGUAAAAUUAUUAUUAAAGCUUAAAUAAUAUUGUUACAUUGACACAAAUUGUUGGUGUCUAAUUAAUCUAUUUUAAAGGUUUAGCGGAGUCCAACACUUUUUAUAAUUAGUUAAUUAAACUUAAUUCUGACUGCUAAGGCAUGUGCCGAAACGUUUACUUGAGUAUUAUGUAAAAUUAUUAUUAAAGCUUAAAUUAUAUUGUUACAUUGACACAAAUUGUUGGUGUCUAAUUAAUUCAUUCUCUGGUUUAAAAACCCAGAAUGGACCGACGGCUUCUUUCUUCACAGCAAAUCCUGUUCAAAGAGUGUUCGUGUUUUUGCCACUAUAAAAUAUGGUGUAGUCUUUUGUCUUGAGGAUCUCUACAUUUUCCAUUGAAUUUCGUGCAAUGCAUCAAUAGAGAUUUUAUAUUUAAUUUGCUGAUUUAUUAGGUUGGCUAUGGUUCCUGCUCUAAAUAGGUUUAGUACGUUCCAAGUCGCAAUUAAAAAAUCAUGUCCAUAUCCAGACAUGGAUCAAUUUCAAUUAGAUUCAGUCCAGGUUUUACUUUGUUAUUUGGCUUUCGUAACGUUUUUUAAAAUUUUAUUUACAUGGUCGGGUUGUUAUCCCUGCGCUCAGCCGUCUCGGGGGGGGGGGGGGGGGGUUGCCCCUUACAGCUCUCUAGAUAACUGCCUUAAUUUUCGGGUGAGGUGCCCUAGCCCUAGCCUUUGUGUAUCCCUCCACUUCCUACAGGGCGGUAGGUUCUGGGGAGACGCUCGAUGGAGAAUCAGUAUCUAUGCACGAGUAACUGAAACUAACCUUGACCUAUUUUCCUUGCACUUUCAGACACGUCAUCAAUGUUUUCAUCAAUAUAAUGCAGUGUGGCUUCUGCUGCAUUUACAUCGUGUGGGUGUCGGUCAACAUCAAGGAGGUAACCAGUCAUCUCAAUGUCCUUUCACAGAUACCAGUGUUGCAGUUUGAGAAACUUUAAUUAAACCGACGCCACGUUGAAUUAGAAGGCAGUUUAUCAUAACAUUUAAUAGAUCAAACUUCUCGGUAAUUUAUUCCGAUGUCAGAUUAAAGUUUUGAAAUCUGACUAUAUCCAAGUCUGAAUAUAUCCAAAAUCUGACUAAAUCCAAACUCUGAUCAUAUCCAAUCUGACUAGAUCCAAAUCUGACUAUAUCCAAAUCUGAAUAAAUCCAAUUCUGACUAAAUCCAAAAUCUGACUAUAUCCAAAUCUGACUAAAUCCAAAUCUGACUAUAUCCAAAGCUGACUAUAUCCAAUCUGACUAUAUCAAAAUCUGACUAAAUCCAAUUCUGACUAAAUCCAAAAUCUGACGAUAUCCAAAUCUGACUAAAUCCAAAUCUGACUAAAUUCAAAUCUGACUAUAUCCAAAGCUGACUAUAACCAAAUCUGACUAUAUCCAAUCUGACUAAAUCCAAAUCUGACUAUAUCCAAAUCUGACUAAAUCCAAAUCUGACUAUAUCCAAAGCUAACUAUAUCCAAUCUGACUAAAUCCAAAUCUGACUAAAUCCAAAUCUGACUAAAUCCAAAUCUGACUAAAUCCAAAUCUGACUAUAUCCAAAGCUGACUAUAUCCAAGUCUGACUAAACUUAGCAUAGUUAACCCGUUGUCAUGGAAAUCUUCGGUUUAAACCAUCAAAUAAACAAAAUGCCUUGCCCUUCCCCUAAAAAAAGUGUUCCUGUGUAGAAACUACUUAAGUCAUUUAUCACGUCUGCUAAUCCCUUGUCUCCUAUCAGGUUUUAGAUUACCAUUGGUCAUCCAGCCCAGAUGUCCGUGUCUACGAAACGGUGAUGUUUCUGCUCCUCGUGCCGUACCUGAUGAUCCAGAGUUUAAGGACCCUCGCCGUGUUUUCGGCCAUUGCCAACCUCCUCUAUCUUGUGGGAUUGGUCGUUAUCUUCCAGUACAUUCUAAGGGUAGGUUGGUUCUAAAUAAUAAAACAAUGUUAUGAAUUUGAUAGGAGAAUAAGUGAGCAUCCUCACUCUGACAGGGUUUCUUUCAGGUAUAGCUUCGGGAGAGGGGGCAGUGCCUCCCCGAGGAAAGCCAAGUGCCCCCCACCCCGGAGCAAAAAUAUGUCCAACAAAAAAUAAACUGGAACUGCUGGCACUGCCCCCCCCCCAAAAAAAAAAAUCUGAAGUGCCCCCCCCCCCCCGAAAAUCUGAAGUGCCCCCCCCCCCCGGAGGGGAAAUUUCUGAAAGAAACACUGCUCACUCAUCAGUAAAUUGUAAGUCUAUAGUUGAAAAAACAGCCAAAAACAGUAAGUCCUUAUUACACUCUGUAUUUUAAAAGCUUAUUUCUUGACUUGAUUUAGGUUGCAUGUUUUUUGGUGAGGUACUAUUGAGGCGUGGUAGGCAAGGUUUUUUUUUGGUGAGGAUGAUCUUUUGUGUAUGCAUAUCGCCAUCAUUUAAUCUUUAAACGGUAGGUGGAUACUCAAUUUACUAAUUCCGAAAUAUUUGAAAGUGGAACUUAAUUAUUAUUUUUUUUAAGUAUUUUUUUUUUACUUCUAGAAUUUAGAUUGAAAUUCAAAGAUUUAAAUCCAGUGAAGUAAAUGUAUCACACAUGUAUUGUCCAUCAUUCCAGUGUUACAUCCUGUCAACUCCUCUGAUCUACUGGAUUGAUUAAUUCGUCAAGUUCUUUCACACGUUGAAUACGUCCUACUAUUCGUACUAUCACUGAAUAAACUUAAGUCCUUUUCAUAAUAAUUAUAACUUUAAUAUCUAAGUAAAUACUAUACACAUAAACACAUGAAUGUUUCGCAGCUCGCUAUCAGACAUAAAUAAUACACAUCCUACUUCCACAAAGUUCCACUCAAAGACUGCCGCACGACUAAAACUUACGUCACAAUACUGUCUAGAGCAGCGGUUCUCAACCUGUGGGUCGCGACCCCCUUGGGGGUCACGGCACCCUUUCACGGGGGUCGCCAAAGACCUCUGGGAAAACACACAUUCCCGGUGAUGAUGGUCUUAGAAACCGAUUGAUUUGGUCCAGCGGAAAAAUCAGACAUGUCACAAAUUUUCAUUUGUUUGUUAUCACUGUCCACAGAAGAAUAGAUGAUAUGUCUAUUGAUAUUCUUGAUCAGGUAAUCCAUGAAAUUAAAUCUGCUCCACUUCCAAUAUUUAGUAUCCAGCUUGAUGAAUCUACAGACGUUGCAAACUGUUCACAGUUACUAGUUUACGUGAGGUAUAUUAAUGAUGGCGGCUUUAAAGAUGAGUUUCUUUUUUGCAAACCUCUGGAAACAACAACUACUUCACGUGAUGUAUUUGACACAGUUGGUUUAUUUCUGAAAGAUCACACGAUCUCUUGGGAAAAGGUGUUGUGGUGUUUGCACAGAUGAUGCUCCAGCUAUGCUAGGAUGUCGAUCUGGAUUUCAAAGUUUGGUACAAAAUGAGUCACCAAAAGUCAUGGGAACUCACUGAUUGAUUCAUCGGCAAAUAUUAGCUACGAAGACGCUGCCACAAGAGUUACAAGAAGUAAUGAAAAGCGUCAUAAGUUCUGUCAAUUUUGUAAUGGCGAGCACUUUAAACAGUCAACUGUUUUCGCAACUGUGCAACGAGUUGGAUGCGUCGAACAAUGCUCUGCUAUUUCACACUGAAGUCAGAUGGUUGUCGAGAGGAAAAGUUUUGAAACGUGUUUUUGAGCUUCGUGAUCAACUCAAAACGUUUUUUAAUCAGAAAGCAAAACCACAGUUCGAAGCACUUUUUAGUGAUAAAAGUGAACUGCUGAAAAUAGCUUGUUUGGUUGACAUCUUUGCCAUCUUAAAUGAGUUAAAUUUAUCACUGCAAGGACCAAAUGCAACAUGCCUCGAUUUGUCUGAAAAGAUGCGAUCAUUCUAAAUGAAACUUCAGCUUUGGCAAACAAAAUUGGAUGAAAAUAAAAUUGACAUGUUGCCUGUCUUAUCUUCGUUCUUUGAGGAACAUAACAUUGAACCAGAAAAAAGACUUACGAUGGUCAACUCUGUGAAGGAACACUUGCACACGCUUGCAGACGAAAUUUCAUUGUAUUUUCCAAAUUUACCUGACACCCCACUUGCACUUGCCAGAAGCCCUUUCACAGUCAAAGUUGAAGAUUUCCUGAGUCAGCACAAGAGAAGUUCAUUGAACUUAUUAACAGCGAUGCAGCGAGAACUGAUUUCUCUACAAUGCCAGUUACAAAAUUCUGGAUCACGUGUUUGCAGUCAUAUCCUGUUAUGUCUGAAACCGUGUUGCGCCUUCUUCUUUCAUUUCCAACAACAUAUCUUUGUGAAACAGGGUUUUCCAGCUUGUUGGUUAUCAAGUCUAAAUACAGCAGUAGACUUGUUGUGGAAGACGAUCUUCUUGUGCUCUUGCAAAGACUGCCCCGAGCAUUUCUGAUCUGGUAAGAAAAAAACAACCUCAAACUUCGCACUGACGUUGGCUUUUUACGCAUACUGUCUCAAAAUGUAGCAGUGUAGUUUACUGUUUUUAUAUCAAGACUGCUACCCAUGCUACACCAUGCUUCAAGACAAAAAUCUCAUUAUUUUGUAAUUAGAAAUACAUAUUUCACAAUAUUUUUAUUACCUGUUGUUUUUUGUGAUUAAUGACUAUGCUUUAAUUAUGUUCAGUUUGUAACAAUGAAAAUGAAUCCUGCAUAUCAGAUAUUUACAUUACGAUUCAUAACAGAAGCAAAAUUACAGUUAUGAAGAAGCAACGAAAAUAAUUUUAUGGUUGGGGGUCGCCACAACAUUAUGAACUGUAUAAAGGGGUCGCGGCAUUAAAAAGGUUGAGAACCACUGAUCUAGAGUCUAGACAAUACGUCACAGUCAGCAUAAAAAUACGUCAAAGAGUCAAGCGCGGGAAGAGCGUUCACUAAAUAAUAGAACUCUCAACACACCGCGCGUAAUCAAAUAUAAUAUCCAGUCGCAACUAUUGCUAAUGAACUCCCAUACUUGACACAUCCCAUGUAAGAAAUUUCAAAAUUGGGAACGUUAAAGCAUAUUAAAUAUUCCUGAAAAAGUUUUACGAAUGUUAAUGUAAGUUAUUAUCUUUACAGGACCUUCCCGAUGCCAGCAGAAGACCCGCCUUCGCCUCGUGGUCCACCCUGCCUAUGUUCUUUGGGACCUCUGUGUUUGCGUUUGAGAGUAUAUGCUUAGUAAGUGAGGAUCACCGUGGUUACGAUUUUGUAGAGAGUAUGGAAGAAAAUAUGUUCGGCUAACGUCAUAUAAAGCCUUCCAGGCAAUGGCGUAGCUAGAUUUGUACUGCUUGGGGCGGGCGAAGAUUAUUAUUACCGCUCAUCGCCCCCCCCCCAAGAAAAACUCUGCAGUAGUAAAAAAAAAAUGCUGCUCCUCAAUAAACAGAAAAAAGGGCCGCCAUGGGUGGAUCACCCCCUCCGCUCCCCAGUUCCUGCACUUUUGCCCCCAGAUGACUUGGUGACGUCGUUCUUGUGUUCACUUGUUAACUGCAGCUCUGGGGAGAAGUCUCACCAUACUCAAGAGUCGUAGAUUUAUUGCUCCGAAUCAUGAUUAAAUAUGUAAAAAUUAAAAGGGGUAUGGAAUUAGUCUUGUGACUUCAAUGAUCAAUCUAGCUUUAGCCAAGCCAUUAGCCCAGGGAUCUCAAACUCGCGGCCCUACCAGGCAGCAAAAUUUAGUGUUAAUACGGACCGCACGUUUUCUCCAUUCUCAUAUCUAUAAUGUGACCCUCCGCGAUUGUUUUAGUCGAAUCUCAGCGACUAGUCUACUUCUGAUAUUUAUUAUGUUUGUAUAGGUUUGGACGUUGAUUAUAACGGUAAAAUCAGAGUAAACGUUUACAUUUAUAACAUUUCACGAGACAAACAUGGCGGCCAAAAUGCGCUUUUGAGAAAAGUUUAUUAAAAAGUCACUUAGUGGGUAAUGCACAACCAUAAUUGUGUAAAUCGUAUCAAUCUGACACAGUAUCAGAGAAUCCCUAUUAAAAUUGCCGCUAGUGUUUACGAGUGAGGGGAAUUCCGAGCCUGUCAGCUUGGUCACUUGUCAAUAGGGUUAGUCAAAGAGGCCUUUUCUGCGAUUAAAAAAAAAUCUAAAUUAAUUCUCCCUACAAUAGCAUCUUCCUUGGCAACAAUAAUUCAUACAUAUUGCCUGUUUCUAUCUACUUUUUGAACACGUUUUAGCCUUCAUGGUGAAGGGUGGGGUGGUUUUCCCAAAUGGCUCAGGGACUUGGCUUUUCUUGUUGACAUUACACAGGAGCUGAAUGUAAUCAACAAGAAGUUAUAAGACCAUGGGCAUCUUUUCAGUGUUGCCUAUGACAAUGUCAGGGUAUUCUGCACAAAACUUUUGUUAUGGUUCUCAGAGAAACCUCUGCCAUUUCCCAACAUAUAAAUUACUCGAGCACACCAUUCAGUAGUAAGUAAACUGAUGCCAUUGAACCACAGGAAGAAUUAAAUCCCGUGUUUGCAGACUUCCAAACACACAGAGCGACUUUUCAAAUUUUGCUGAUUCUUUCUCCUUCAGUGAGGAAGAUGCCCCCGCCCCACACACACACACACUUUUUGCGCUUCAAAUGGAGCCGAUUGAUCUUCAGUGCAAUUCUGAACUAGAUACUAAGUUCAGGAAGAUGAACGGAAAAACAGACAAGCUUGGACAAUUUAUAAGAGAAUUGCCCUCCACAAACCCUGAGAUUUCCAAGUUGUUCAAGCGAAUCAUGUGCCUUUUGGGGAGUACCUAUCUGUGUGAAAAGCUCAAAGUUCAGAGCCAAAUUUACUGAUGAGCAUCUUCAAGCUAUACUGAGGGUCUCAGUUGCUUCUUCACUCAAGCCAAAUGUUGCUCAGCUGUGUAAUAAGAAGCGCUACCUUGUCUCUGACAACAAGGAGUUGGAGGAAGUAAGUGAAGCCUGGUUUUUGAGAACCCGUAAUUUUUUUAUUUGUUAUUAAUAAAGGUUGAGCAGAUUGUAGCAGUUGUAAUUGAAUUUGUAAUCGCUUUUUUGUGGAACACUAGAUUCGUCCAGUCACCCAGACUCUACCUCAUGCGCCCUCCGGAUAAUUUGAGUUUGAGACCCUUGCAUGAGCCCCCAUUCAAUUUGUAAUAUAUGUAUUCUUGGAAUUAUAGCCGCCGUACGUGUCCUGCGGUUCCAGGAGUCUCAGAUAUUUAAGGGGCCUAAAUUUGUGAUUUGGAAUUUAAAAGAUCAAACUAUCAACAGUGAAUGCAACGGGCACAAAACGAAAAGUAAGGACCUACAAAUGUCUGGCGGCGGCUUGGCUUGGAAUCAAACACCGGAAGCGGAUUAAAAAAAAUACGACCCAGAAGCUCAGGUAACACGCUAAAUGAAGUUUGUAUGCAGUGGCGUAGCUGGGGGUUUUCCGUGGAAAGGGCGGCAAAAAGCUCGUCACUCUCCGGAUCGCAUGAACCCUAGCUGUGUAGCUGGUUGUAGGGGUGUGUAAUGGGUUACCAAUGAAUCUGUUAUAGAUAAUUUACUUACACACACACAUACACACAUUUAUAUGUAUCAGUAUUUUGAAGUAUGUUUCGUUUAAUUGCAGAUGACCCCUCUCAGGAGCAAGAUGAAAAACCAGGCAGACUUCGAUGGGUGGACAGGGGUCAUGAACUUGGGUAUGGUCAUCGUGACUGCUGUGUACACCGCUGUUGGUUUCUAUGGUUACCUGAAGUUUGGAGAGGACGUGGAGUCCACCAUAACACUUAACCUCCCCCAGAACCAAUGGUAUGUCAAUAAGGAAAGUAAGGGUGUCUAAAAUCUUCAUAUGCCCCAGGGGUGUCUGAAAUCUUCAUAUAUCCCAGGGGUGUCUGAAAUCUUCAUAUGCCACAGGGGUGUCUGAAAUCUUCAUAUCUCCUAGGGGUGUCUAAAAUCUUCAUAUGUCCUAGAGGUGUCUGAAAUCUUCAUAUGCCCCAGGGGUGUCUAAAAUCUUCAAAUGCCCCAGGGGUUUCCUAACAUUCAGACAAGAGGAUACAGUUAAAACCCUGAAAUAUUCUUACCUCAAUUAUCUGUAACGUCUCUUAGAACUUCCGUCAUCGGUUUCAAAACUUGACUAUCACUAUCAAUAGGCCCUCCUCAAACAUUGACUAUCGCUAGGUUGUACUCAACCAUUGACUAUCGCUAGGUUGUACUCAACCAUUGACUAUCGCUAGGUUGUACUCAACCAUUGACUAUCGCUAGGUUGUACUCAACCAUUAACUAUCGCUAGGUUGUACUCAACCAUUGACUAUCGCUAGGUUGUACUCAACCAUUGUCUAUCGCUAGGUUGUACUCAAACAUUGACUAUCGCUAGGUUGUACUCAAACAUUGACUAUCGCUAGGUUGUACUCAACCAUUGACUAUCGCCAGGUUGUACUCCUCGGUGAACUUGAUGUUCGCCAUCGCCAUGUUUAUCUCUGUUGGAGUUCAGUUCUACGUCCCCAUAAACGUCAUCUGGCCGGCCAUCCAGACGGGUCUAGUGGUCAACAAAUCAAGACUUGUUCAUACGGUCACUCACUACCUGGUACGAGGAGGAUUGCUUGCUCUCAUCUGUAAGCUCAGUUGCUCUCAUCUGUAAGCUCAGUUGCUCUCAUCUGUAAGCUCAGUUGCUCUCAUCUGUAAGCUCAGUUGCUCUUAUCUGUAAGCUCAGUUGCUCUGAUGUGUAAGCUCAAAACUAUAAAUUUUUCACUUUACAAGCCUCAACGAAUGUGUGUACAUUUUGCUAUUUGUUUGUAAACAAAACGGGUUAGAUUCUUUAUGUUAAUUUUUUUAGUAUUAACACUUUAAAAAAUUGUAGAAUUUUUUUUUUUACCAAGUCUUAGACGUUUAGGAUUGGUUAACCAAUUUAUCAAAUAUUUUGUUUUAAAAUUUUUAAUGUCAUUUUCUGAUUCUGCCUGGCAUUACUUUAAUUUCUUCUUCUCCCAUCCUUCAGCAUUAUGUAUUACUAAAAACACACGGCUAUGGUCAUUUUGUGUGUUCUCCCACACUCUUCUAUUACUUUAGUUGCUGUGGCCGUCGGGGUGCCCCACGUAGAUUUAUUGAUGUCCCUGGUCGGUUCAUUUUUUGGAAGCUUACUGUCCCUAAUCGUACCGGUAGGUGUUUACUUAACAUUGACAUUGAAUUAGGUGAAAUGGGUUUAGGUAGGUCAGCCGCACGUGGCUACAGUGUGUCAGCCGCACAUGGCUACAGUGUGUCAGCUGGCAGGCUACAGUGUGUCAGCUGGCAAGGCCAGGUGUUACUGUAAUGAUAAAAGCUGAAUUUUACCAAUAUAAAUUUUGUAUGGAGUGGAGAAGGGGGGGGGGUCGCGCGGAUGGUGCGGACCACACUGGGGGACACGCUCACAAGAGUGGGGGUGACACCAUUCGGGAAAAUUGUGUAGACUCGCUCGAGGUAGGCUUCAUAACAGAUCAAAGUUACAUACAAAAUCAGGUUGCCACAGGAGCAGGUUGCAACAAGAGCAGGUUGCCACAAGAGCUGGUUUUCAUAAGAGCAGGUUGCAACAAGAGUAGGUUGCAAGAAGAGCAGGUUGCCACAAAAGCAGGUUGCCACAAGAGCACGUUGUUACAAGAGCAGGUUGUCACAUGAGCAGGUUGCCAGAAGAACAGGUUGUCACAAAUGCAUGCAUCCAUGUGAGCAGGGUGUCAUCUGAGCAGGCAGCCUCGAAGAAGGUACAUGCGGAAAGUCUAAAGGAGGUGACACCGUGAGUUUAGUGUACUGGAUGAUACCAUCCCUGGUGACACCACUGAAUGUGUCCAACUAAAGUAACUAAUGAGUUGAGAAGGCAGUCUUCCAUGAUAUUUCCUUGGUCCCGCUGCUUACGGGAAGAACAAACAACUAGCUGUCUGGACUUCAAGUCAAUGGCACGGGACUUGCACGUUUAGUCACGGCGUCCAUCCCUUUUAUUUUUCAGCAAAACAAAAAUAUAAACUCCUAUAUAUAUUGUGCUUCUGGUGUGCCUGCUUCCUUUUCAUAACCGGCCCUCGCCCUGCUCAAAAUGGUUUAUAUUAAUAUUACUGGGUGGGAAGAAAAAAAGGCUGUCAAGCAGCAAGCGUCAAGCGUGACGGUUGAACUCGGGUGAAAAGGUUGAAUUUUCUCGGAGGCAACUAUUGUAUUAAUCAAUAAAGAGCAACGGCUAUGGUGUCGGACUGUCUAUAGGCCUAUUGUUUAAAGCCCGGCAAGUAGGGUGUAGGACUGUAGACCUAUUGUUUGAAGGCAGGUAGUUAGGCUGUAGGACUGUCUGUAGGUCUAUUUUUUAGAGGCCGGCAGAUAGGGUGUAGGACUGUCUGUUGGCCAAUUGUUUAAAGGCAGGCAGGUAGGGUGCAGAACUGUCUGUUGGACUUUUAUUUAAAGGCUGGCAAAUAUUAUAAAUAAUAAGAAAUUGUUUUGUUUUUUUGUAACAAUUGGACCCACCGGGGCUUUUCUCAAAAAAACCCGGAACCGGUGUAAAAAAAAAACUGUCCCCGUUUAAGCCCUAGUAAAAAAUAAAUCUGUAUUUGCAUCUAGGUGGCGUCGAACCCUCCGGCCCCCCCUCCCCGCACCCCAUCAUCAACUGUAUCAUCUAAAUGCCUUAUUGCCAGGCAGUUCCUUUGUCUUGCCAAAUGUAAUGUGGCGUAAAAGCUCUCUGAAUAUAUGUCAAAACUUUGCUGUCACAGUUACAGUGUCAGUGGUGGUGCCACAUUUAGACUUGCUCAUGUCACUGAUCGGGUCGCUAUGCGGCAGUAUGCUGUCAAUGAUCACACCAGUAAGUACUUGAACAAUGUUGUGGUUUGUUAUUGAAUCGAUAAAAAGUUUAUAACAAACUUGGCCUAUACGGCAUAAAGUUGGACCUUCUUGUUUGCAGUAAACAAAAUAAAUAUUAGUAUCUUGGCGGAUUGGUGGCAGCGCUUGAUUUGUCCGACCCUCCUCGCCAACUUCUUAAAAAUGUUGCGCCCUCCUAACCUAUACCCCUCUUAACUCUGCACCCUUCACUCAACAAUCACCCAAACCCCUCUUAAUCUCGGGUCUUUAAUUCCACUCCUGAACCGACAUUUAUAAAAUUCAAAUUUAAAACCAGCCGUGUCCCAGCAGUGAACAGGUGUAACAAUACCAGGAAUUCAACCAACAACUAUUUGAAGCAUGUUCUCAUUUCAACCGGUGGUGUUAAAUAGGCCAACUUGGGAAUGAUACUUACCAAUGGCGAACCCAUUUUAUGGAUUAAGUGGCUCCGUGUUCUGUUUUUGCUUCUAACAAUAAAAGUUACUUAAUUAUGUUUUGCUGUUUUCUCUGGCACGAAAAUAAUUCAGUCUGUUGUAAAUGUAUAUAUUUGUGGCGCGAUAUUUCGCGUUCAUCAGAAAAUCAUAUACUACGCCUACAGGUUGCUGAUGCUACGCCUACAGGUUGCAAAUGCUACGCCUACAGGUUGCAGAUGCUACGCCUACAGGUUGCAAUACCACGCCUACAGGUUGCAAUACCACGCCUACAGGUUGCAGAUGCCACGCCUAGAAGUUUGCCUAUUGCUUAAUGGGACAACAAAGAGACAAUAAUCCUCGCCCAUCAUUCCAGAAAACUUAUCACUGACACGCAGGGCAGUGUGAACGGAUGGGCGAAGGGGGCGCCAAAAUCGUCCUUAAAUAGGACAUUUAUAGUUGAGUAAACUAUAAAACAGUAUGUACUUUACAAAGAGAAGGGGCGCCAAAAUCGGGUUUAACUUAUCCGCAACGGGUGGCACUUUUCCUUAUCUAUUGGAGAGUGCCAUUUAUCGGGCUUCGCACCGGGCGCCUAAUUUCCUCGGCAUGGACCCUACGUAUUAGUAUACAACAUGAAAAAAAUGGUCUAAUUUUAUUUCUUUUUCCAAUCAUUUCUUUUGUUUUGUUUAUUUUCUGCAGGCAAUCGUUGAGAUGAUAACACUGUACGAAGAUGGGCGGCUCGGCCCACUUACUAUUGCAAAGGACUUUGGUAUUAUUAUUUUUGGACUGCUAGGACUAGCUACUGGAACAUACACUUCUCUGUUAGAUAUCAUCCACACUUUCUGAGUACGAAUUUCAGAAGAUCAUUGUGAGAACAUGAAGAUCGCGGUGAAUCUUAAUGAAAACGUGUUAGUCUAAUUUGAAACUAGACAUCAACGCCAUGGAACAAAAACACAAAAAAAAGCUGAAAAAUAUGUACGGUAUAGAAUUUCAUGAAAUUGUCUUCCAUGAAUUAAAUGUUUAUAAACUUUUAUGCAAAUAUAUUAUAUAUUGGUUUAAUUUUUUUUUAAAGGACGUCAUUUGAGUAGAGCAGGAUGCAUGGGGCAUUGCCCCCCUCCCCCUGGAUUUAAAAGUUUUAUUUAAAUUGGUAUGUACUGUGGGGCCUCCAGUAAUUAACAACUUAACAAGCUGACCAAGUUUUGGUUUUGUCCCCCCCCCCCAAAAAAAAAAAAAAAAAAAACUGAAAUGACGCCCCUGGUCU